AUGACAUUUGAUUUCUGUAGAAUCUGUAAAAGGAAUAAUUCUGAGGGUAAAAAACAUUUAUAUACAAAAUUACAUCAAGGGAAUUUACUCAAUAUAUUAAACAAAGAAAUUACGAAAUAUAAAAAGUACAGGAUUUUUUUAAAAGAUAUUACUAUUGUUUAUGAUGUUAACAAGCAACCUGAUUUUUGGUGUUUGUUUUGUGAAGUGAACGUAGAAAUAACUUUUAAAAAUGUUGACGAAAAACAAAUUAUUUGUGAACACAUAUUUGAACAUAUGGUAACAAAAAAUCAUCAUGAUAAUGUUAUCAAGUAUUUUAAAGAUCAAAAAGCAGAUUGUAAAUUAAUUAAUAAUUUUAUACUGAAAAAAGAUGAAAUUGACAAGUUUCGAAGGAGAUCAAAAGAGUUACAAAAGAAAAAUCAGUUAAAAAAGGAAGAAAGGGAAUUAAAAUCCAAUGUAAAUCAAGAAUCCAAUAAUAUUAACGUAAAUUUACCAAGUAGCUUUGAAAACCUUGUGGCAUCUCUCCCGCCUCUUAAACCUGGUGAAGGAAAUGUGUUUGAAGAAGGAUCUGUCCCACCUUGGUUACAAGAUGAUGAUAUGAAGUUUAGUGGCAACACAAACAAAACUGAAAUAGGACCAUCAUUAGAUGCAUUCUUAGCAGCCAAAAAGCUUGAAAAGAAGAAAAAACUAAAUCCAAAUAGAGUUGGUGCUAAUUUUGAUAGAGAAAGUGCUGUGGGGAAGGAUUGGGUGCCAAAUUUCGGUAGAGUUUGGAAUAAUGGUACUAGAAAUCGAUCUCAAAAGCAAUAUAAAAAAGAAAUGAAAUCUAUUGAAAAAACAGGAAAGAAAAAUAAUUAA